AUGGACACCGCCAAAAGAAACACUUCUGCGACUCUCAAGUCCCGAAUCCAAAACGGCGACGUCGUCUACGGCAUGUCCCUCCUCACCUUCUCCCCAACCGUCGCAGAGAUAGCCGCACUCGCCGACUUUGACUUCGUCCUCAUCGACAUGGAGCACGGCCACGGCGGCCUCCCAGAAGCCCUCCCCUGCCUCCACGCACUCGCCGCCGCCAAAACCCCAGCCGUCAUCCGCGUCCCCGACAGCAGCUCCUCUUUCUGGGCCCGCAAGGCCAUCGACCUCGGUGCCCAGGGAAUUGUGUUUCCUAUGAUCCAAGACCCCCAAUCUGCCGCCAAAGCGGUGUCGUUUUGCCGUUCUCCUGUGAGCCCCGCCGCGAGGGCAUCCCGCUUUGGACUCGACGGCCACUGUCAGAAGGACCUGCUCAUCAUAUGCCAGGUCGGUACCAAUAUGUUCAACCGUGGAAGAGAUACAGAGAGCUUGAAGAGAGAGAGAUGCGACGGUGAGAAGAGCUCCGAGCACGGCGACGGCGAGAAGAGGGCCGAUUUGAAGAGUGGAUGGUGGUUGGGUGUUGCUGUGGAAAAAGGAUUAGGGUUGGGUUCAAGAUCUGAGAGUGGAAUGCGUUCUCUGGAGACUCGUGUGCAAGGCCCUGAGUUUGCGUUGGAUGAGAUCUCUUAUGAUUUGGCCGUAUCAAGUGGAAGAAUGUCUAAAUCUGGUGCUCCUAGGUAUGCAUGUUGCUUGCUACCAGGUUCUGAAAUUUUAAGCGCUAAGUCCUAAAAGAGAACACAGAGCCGGUAUUCAUCCUCCCAAUUAUCUAGAUCUGACGGCACCCAAUUGCUUGCCGCAGUCCUCAACCAAGAUGACAUGAAUGCUGAAACGGAGUUGAGAAGCCAUAGACUCGGGCUUCAUAGCGAUGGAGGAAGCUUCAUAACCAAUCAUCUAGCAGAAAUUAACACUAAUUCCAAGAAGAUAUCUGGUUUUGCAAGAGCAGAGCCAAAUUAA